CAAUGUUUUAAUAACCAAAACCAUGCCAGGAAGUUAAUGAUUGGACCUAUUGUCAUGAUUUUAUUUUUAUUUUCUCUUUCAUCCUUUUUUCAAAUUUUUUAAACAUGGCCAGAAAUUUUUAACAUGCAUGUAUUUAAGAAUUGAUGUAUUUACACUUGUAUGCAAAUUUGUCCGCCAUUACAUAAAAUCACACAGGUUCCCGUAAACUUUGAUAUCAUUAUUCAAAACAUUUGAUGUUACAACUAAAAUGUGAUUGUUGCAUGACGUGAAAAGGUUAUUCGGAGGUGAUAUAAGGUCAUUUGGAGGCAAUAUACAGCUAAAUACCAAGAGUGUAAACAGGUUUAUUGAAUGCUUCUAUUUGGUAAUUCAUUGGGGUGUAAAAGUGUUGACAGUCCUAAGCACUUCAUUCUAAAAAUGUGCGCACGGUCAACACUGUUACAACCCUAUGAAGUUACAAAAAGAAGCAUUCAAUAAUAUAAUUACAUUUUUUAGCUAUAAUCAUGAAAACACGAAUUUUAUAAUAGUUUUAUUUAAUUCACCUAGCACUUUAUUGUGAGACCACAUGUUAUCCUGAACGAAAAGUUUUAUUGAGUAAUGCAAUUGCUUAAGGAAUAACAUGUGAUGUGCAGUUAGCCAAUUAGAGUAAAGUAUUAUAAUGAAACAUACAUCUAUUAACGUAAUUAUUAAAUGUUAAAAGACUCCUUGAAUCAAUGUUACCUUGACAUCAUUUUUUAAAAAAAGUCUUUGUUUGCAACUUUUACCAUGUACAUCAUAUUAACAUGAAGAUAUGUAUAUAAUAUUUUUUUCAUUUCAGGUCAAAAAUUAAAUAAAAUGUCUACCAUUAACUUAAAAUAUCAUCCAGAUAUUGAAUCUGCUUAUGCUGCAAUUAGAAAGUAUGAACUGGAGACCACUUCUAAGUACAUAUUAUACUACAGAGAAGCUGGUUUCAAUCAGAAAGACUUGGAUAAUUUGGACAAGAAAAAAAUUUGGUGGGAUAACCAUAUCCCCUUUGAUGGUAUUCCGUAUUGCCUUUUGGGGUCUGAAGUGUGGGACUGUCAUCACGGGCCAGACAGACAUGUGAAUGAUAAAAAGAAACUUGUUGCCAAAAAGGAUGAGAUGGAAGAAGAACAUCCAUACACCAAAAAUUCAAAGAAAAGGUUUUUAGUUCAGAGUACCAAGAAGAUGGACUGCAAGUCACAGAUCACUCUUAAAGCUGUUGUUAAGUUUCCUGACUUUAAGGUUGAUGGCCUUGAUAGCACUUACAGGAGAAAAAAAUGUGCAUCCAACCUUAGAGCAGCCAAUUUCAAUCAUGUAAAGAAAGACGUGAAGAUUGUGUUAAUUCUUCCUGAUGCCAAAUCUCAUCAGAAUCAUCUAAUUGGUGAAUUUUCAGGAUACUCCCAACCACUUGAUAGCCAAGUGAAAGAACACAUCAGGGAAUUGGUUUUUGAUGGUGUCAGGAAAGUGUCCGAAAUGAAGAGGCACCUAAACAUCUUUGUUAAGAGAGAACUUUCUUUGGACAUGCCUAUAACUAACAGAAGAUUUCAUCCAAAUGAGCGAGACAUAAGAAAUCAUAUGUAUUUAGCCUUAACCAAGACAAGGUUUUCAAAGAAUGAUCAACAGAAUUUACAAUGUCUGGUGAGGAAAUGGGAGGCUGAAUAUACAUUGGAUACUUUUUAG